AUGGCGAGCCAGGGCGGCAACAAGGGAGAGGGCCCGGCGAUCGGCAUCGACCUCGGCACCACCUACUCCUGCGUCGGGGUCUGGCAGCAUGACCGGGUGGAGAUCAUCGCCAACGACCAGGGCAACCGCACCACGCCGUCGUACGUGGCGUUCACCGACACCGAGAGGCUCAUCGGCGACGCCGCCAAGAACCAGGUCGCCAUGAACCCCACCAACACCGUCUUUGAUGCCAAGCGACUCAUCGGCCGGCGCUUCUCGGACCCGUCCGUGCAGGCGGACAUGAAGAUGUGGCCGUUCAAGGUCGUCCCGGGCCCCGCCGACAAGCCAAUGAUCGUGGUGACCUACAAGGGCGAGGAGAAGAAGUUCUCGGCCGAGGAGAUCUCCUCCAUGGUGCUCACCAAGAUGAAGGAGAUCGCCGAGGCCUACCUCAGCACCACUAUCAAGAACGCCGUCAUCACCGUGCCGGCCUACUUCAACGACUCGCAGCGCCAGGCCACCAAGGACGCCGGUGUCAUCGCCGGCCUCAACGUCAUGCGCAUCAUCAACGAGCCCACGGCCGCCGCCAUCGCCUACGGGCUCGACAAGAAGGCCGCCAGCAGCGGCGAGAAGAACGUGCUCAUCUUCGACCUCGGCGGCGGCACCUUCGAUGUGUCCAUCCUCACCAUCGAGGAGGGCAUCUUCGAGGUCAAGGCCACGGCCGGUGACACCCACCUGGGAGGCGAGGACUUCGACAACCGCCUGGUGAACCACUUCGUGCAGGAGUUCAAGAGGAAGCACAAGAAGGACAUCAGCGGCAACCCGAGGGCGCUCCGGCGUCUGAGGACCGCGUGUGAGAGGGCGAAGAGGACGCUCUCCUCCACCGCCCAGACCACCAUUGAGAUCGACUCGCUCUACGAGGGCAUCGACUUCUACGCGACCAUCACGCGGGCCAGGUUCGAGGAGCUCAACAUGGACCUCUUCAGGAAGUGCAUGGAGCCCGUGGAGAAGUGCCUCCGCGACGCCAAGAUGGACAAGUCGCUGAUCCACGACGUCGUGCUCGUCGGAGGCUCCACCCGUAUCCCCAAGGUGCAGCAGCUGCUCCAGGAUUUCUUCAACGGCAAGGAGCUCUGCAAGAGCAUCAACCCUGACGAGGCCGUCGCGUACGGUGCCGCUGUCCAGGCCGCCAUCCUCAGCGGCGAGGGCAACCAGAAGGUGCAGGACCUGCUCCUGCUCGACGUCACGCCGCUCUCGCUCGGGCUGGAGACCGCAGGCGGUGUCAUGACCGUGCUGAUCCCGAGGAACACCACCAUUCCUACCAAGAAGGAGCAGGUGUUCUCCACCUACUCCGACAACCAGCCCGGCGUGCUCAUCCAGGUGUACGAGGGUGAGCGGACGAGGACCAAGGACAACAACCUGCUGGGCAAGUUCGAGCUGACGGGCAUCCCGCCGGCACCGAGGGGCGUGCCCCAGAUCAACGUGACCUUCGACAUCGACGCGAACGGCAUCCUGAACGUGUCGGCGGAGGACAAGACGACGGGGAAGAAGAACAAGAUCACCAUCACCAACGACAAGGGCCGGCUGAGCAAGGAAGAGAUCGAGCGCUUGGUGCAGGAGGCGGAGAAGUACAAGUCCGAGGACGAGGAGGUGAAGCGCAAGGUGGAGGCCCGCAACGCGCUGGAGAACUACGCGUACAACAUGCGCAACACGGUGCGGGACGAGAAGAUCGCGUCGAAGCUGCCCGCCGAGGACAAGAAGAUGAUCGAGGACACCGUCGAGGACGCCAUCAAGUGGCUCGACGGCAACCAGCUCGCCGAGGCCGAGAGUUCGAGGACAAGAUGA